AUGGGAGUCCAGAAAAAGACGCGCAAGUUUGCGCUGGCCAAGAGAGCCAUUUCAAUGCGUGAUAACCGGCUGAAACAAAACCAAGAAAAGACCGAGAAAGGCAAGCAAGCCAAAGAUGAUUUGGUCAGAGAAGCUCCUCAGGCGCCUUCCUCCAUGUUCUUCCAAUACAACACUGCCCUCGCGCCACCCUACUCAGUCUUGGUCGAUACCAAUUUCAUCUCCCACACCAUCCAACAUAAAUUGGAGGUGAUCCCCACAAUGAUGGACUGUCUUUAUGCCAAAUGCAUCCCCAUCGUGACCGACUGCGUUCUUGCAGAACUUGAAAAGCUCGGCCCCAAAUAUCGACUCGCACUCCGUGUAGCCAAAGAUCCUCGCUUCGAGCGAGUGAAGUGUGACCACAAGGGAACAUAUGCCGAUGACUGUUUGGUGGAUCGUCUGAUCAAGCAUCGUGUCUACAUUGUGGCGACCAACGAUCGUGAUCUCAAGAGACGAAUUCGCAAGAUUCCAGGUGCACCCAUAAUGAGCGUUGCGCGUGGAAAAUACGUGAUCGAACGACUCCCUGAUGCCCCCGAGAAAUGA